CAGGGAGCGCAGUGGACACUCGCGGUAAUGCAGGAGUUCUGGAACUCACGUGGUUGAAAACAUUUUAAACCAGAAAGCAAAGAAAGUGCGGGAUACAAUAAAAUGGAUGCGAAACGCCCGGACGGGAGUUGGACCGAGGAGGUAGUUUGUCCCAUCUGCCUGCAUUUCUUCACCGCUCCGGUGGCGCUGGACUGCGGACACAACUUCUGCCGCCCCUGCAUCACACAGAGUUGGGACAGGGAGGGGAGAAACUCCUGCCCGGAAUGUAGAGAGGAAUCUACAAACCGCACCCUCAGGGUGAAUCGGGCCUUGGUUAGACUGUCUGAGAAAGCUCGAACACUGAGCAUGAAUCUCAAAGCGAAGAAAAGUAAACUUCACUGCGAGAAACAUCAGGAAGAACUGAAGCAGUUUUGUAAAACUGACAAGAAACUGAUCUCUUUGAUUUGUGCAACUGGGCAGCAGCACAGGUCUCACAGCUUAAUGCUGAUAGAAGAAGCAAUUGAAUUCUACAAGGAACAGGUGAAAUCUUCUUUCGAAUCUCUCACAGAAAAGGAAUCAGAGAUCCAGAAAACGGAGCAGGAACAGAAAGAGAGCAUUUCUGGAGUUCAGGAAGAGUCACGCAACCUUCAGUCACAGAUCACAUCCCAGUUUGCUGAACUGCACCAGAUUCUCACUGCGGAAGAGCAGCGCUUACUCGGAGAUGUCCGGGAAGAAGAGGAGAAGAUUGUAAAAACAAUGGAGAAAAAUCUUCAAGAGAUUCAAGAGAAUUUAAAUUCCAUUCAGGAGGAACUCUCAAAAUUACAGGGACAGAUAGACCACAAGGACGGUGUGAUAUUUCUGAAGGAGGAAGCUGGUCGCAAGAGCAGGGUUCCUGAUGAAACAAAACCAAUGUUGGUGCUAUUUGGCGCGUUGCCCAUUGAAAAGUAUGAUCACACCUUUUUCUACAAUAUGGCAUUGAGAGAAACAUCUAAUAUCAUCAAACGAGUCUCCGUCAACCUGGAUGUGGAAACAGCGCAUCCGGAGCUCGAGGUGUCUAAGGAUCGGAAGAGGGUGAGAUGUAUCCAGAUUCGGAGGAGUCUCCCUGACACCAGGAAGAGGCUGACAGGCUCGGCGUGUGUGCUGGGAUCGGAGGGAUUCACAUCGGGGAGACAUUACUGGGAGGUGGAGGUGGCGGGGAGUCGGCGCUGGAGUCUGGGAGUCGCCGCAGAGUCUGUGGAGAGGAAGAGAGGGGUCACACUGACCCCGGAGACUGGAGUCUGGAGAAUCGGGUGGCUGGAUAACAAGUUUAAAUCAUUCACCUCCACUCUCUCGCCUCUCCCUGCCCAUUCCAUCCCCGGGAGGGUGGGAGUUUAUCUCAGUUAUGAGUCCGGGACCGUUUUAUUUUAUGACGCGGACACCAAGUCCCAUCUCCACACAUUCUCUGGGAAUAAAUUCACGGAGAAACUUUAUCCUUUCUUCGCGACUUGCCAUGAAAACCAGUGGCUGAGAAUCUGCUCCGGUUCCGCUCCGGUGUGUAAAAAGCGCAGGUCCCAGGACCGGCGUUAGGAGCAAGACUGUGGGGCAGAAACCCGGUGGACAACAGGUUGGCGCUGAACGAACGGCUCCCAUUUAAUCCCCAAAUUCCACAUCGCGAAACCCUAGUGAGCGCGGAAAUAAAACCAGGGGGAAUGUAAAUGUGGGAAGAGUGAAAUAAACCGCAACUGAAAUCAGA